CUUUUUUCUCAGAAUUCUGACUUUAAUCUCAGAAUUUUGAGGUGGGCACCUGCAGGCAUCCAUCUUCAGUGACAGGGAUGUGUCCAGGUGUGCAGGUGGAGACCUAAUUCACUAAACAUGGUGGAUAUAAGUGAUUUUUUGCGUGGCCGAGGGGUCCCCGAAGAUGCUGUUUUAUUAAUGGAAGAGCAGAAGAACAAUAAAAUAAAAAGUGCUGGCUGAGGAGCGCUGCCGCGUUGAACUUUGACCUCGGAGUGACGUGACGUUUGUUUGAACAACCAAUAGAAGUGCAGAAAGUCGCAAAUCAGGCAUAUUGUUCGCAUAAACACAAAAAUAAAUAAAUAAAUAAAUAAAUAACGAAAUAAUCCCGAUGUUGUGCCAAAGAGUGAUUUGUAAUGUUACUUUGUGUUCUAUGUGUAAUACCUUUGCUUAAAUGACUAAAUGGACUGUAUUUAUGACACUGUGUUAUAGUCCUACAUACAUAAGUAACAUUCAUAUGUACAGAUAAAAAUGUACAGAGAUAUGUACACAAGCGUGUACACAAAAGUCUACUGCUGAUCGAGCUGCUCAGUGUUCGUACAGUUUCAUGCAGAGGGCGUGGAGGUGUUGUCCAUGGUGGAUGUUAGCUUAGACAACAUCCUCUCCUCCCCAGUCUGCUCAGUGGAUUUUAGCGGACCGCUAAAGCUGGCCCUCCCGACCAGUUUGUUAAGUUUCCCCCUGUCCCUCUCUGCCAUUCCACCACUCCAGCAGACCACAACAUAAAAGACAGCAGACGCCACCACAGUGUCGUAGAACAUCCUUAGAAGACGUACUACCUACAUCAUAACCAAUCAAGUCCUGCCUUUUUUUAAAUACAGAUUAGGAUUUACUAUUUACUGAAAGGCUAUGCAUUAGUUUGCUUCUUUCAUUAUUGUGUUUCGCCCUGCAUAAAAUAGAUAGCUUUCCUGAUAACUACAGUCAGUACUCUCCUGCUGCCAUUAGCGGUGACCUAAGAGGCUUAACCAUAAUAUUGCUUUGCAGUGUAAAUGUUGCAGAAAAUGACUGUCUUUUCUUUCUUCUUGUGUGCAGAUUGACUGUGACGUCAUAGCACUGAUGGAUGAUGCAACUUUGGCAAACUACAUUCCCUCGUACGGAGACCGAAUUGCCCUCUUCAAUUUCUGCAAAAGCAAGCAACCACUGUCAAAAAGAAAACUAGGACUUCUGCAAAAACUUCGUGAGAAAAUGAAAACCAGAAAAGAAAGUCCAAAGGAGAACACCUCACAUACAGAUGCAGGAAUAAGACAGACAAAGAAGCAAAAAGCAACACGAAAUGUUGAGAUAGGAUGGAUACAUAGUGAUGGAAAAGUAGCCAAACAGGUGAGAGCGAAACAGGGAGGUGGCACUAGAAAAAUUCAAAUGGCCACUGAUGCUGGAUUAAAAGAUAUUCUUCAAGAAGGAAAGAAACUUUUUUUUCCUGAUGGCAUAUCUCCUAAGGGAUGUGAAACAGAUUUUGAGUUUGAGGUUUGGGACUUUAAACAGAACCACCUUACUGAUGAUACCUGCCAGUCUAUUGGCAAUAUGUAUGAGGCAGCGAGACUGACAAUGUUACGCUUCUACAUCGCAACAAAACCAAAAGAUCCUGAAGAAGAUGCCAGCGAGACAUCUGAAGUGGUGUUUGUCUCAGAAAGCAGUGGCAGUGAUAGUAAUCCAUUGCAAGUGGGGGAAGUCAGGGGUAAUUUUGAUGAAGUCAUCACUGGUUCAGAAAUUUCAGAUGAUCCAGAAAUAACUUUUGGGCCAAUUUUUGAUGCUGAAGAAGAUACAGAAGACACAUUAGUCUAUGAGGGUUUUCUUGUACCCCUCAGUCCACCUAAUUCAGAGAACGUAAUAACAAUCACCAUACGUCAUACUGACACUUUACGUGACAUGAUUACUGCUUUCUCUGAUGCAGAGAUUUUGAGAAAAACACUGAAUGUGAAGCGCAUACUUCCAGACAACACAGAAGAACCAGGCACUGGAUCAGGAAUACUAAGAGAUGUACUCACAUGCUUCUGGCAUGAAUUUUAUGAGCGAUGCACCCUAGGUGCAACAGUUAAAGUGCCAUUCAUUCGCCAUGAUUUUCCUGCUGAAAAAUGGAAGGCAGUUGGGCGAAUACUCUUGAAAGGUUAUGAAGAAUGUCAGUAUUUUCCAAAUAAACUUGCAAUCCCUUUUCUGGAGCAAGUGCUUUUCAAUGGUGUUUACAGUGAUCUUAAAGCACACUUUCUACAGUUUGUCAGCAGCCAAGAAUGUGAUGUUUUGAUGGAAGCAGUAAAAAAUUUCUCUGCAGUUGACUUGGAUGAUCUUGUGGAAGUUCUUGACAGCUAUGGCUGUAGAAAAAGAAUCACUGCUGAGACUCUUCCUACAAUCCUUGAUGAAAUAGCACACAAAGAACUUGUCCAAAAACCAAUGUUUGUUAUUGACUGCUGGAGGGAGAUCAUCAACCCCCAUAUCUCCCUCAGUCCGGAGGCACUGACCAAGUUAUUCUCUGAACUGCAACCAACUUCAAAAAAGUGUGCCAGCUCCUGAAAUUUGCUGUGGAUUUGACUCCACAACAAAAAGAAGUGAAAAAUCAUCUCAAAAGAUUCAUCAGAGAGUUGGAUAACAUUAAACUUCAGAAAUUUAUGCGUUUCUGCACCGGAUCUGACCUUAUAGUAACAAACAGUAUUUAUGUGGAAUUUCAAGAUAUGACAGAGUUUACAAGAAGACCAGUCGGACACACGUGUGGGAAUGUUCUGCAGCUAGCUAACAGCUAUGAAAACUUCCCAGAUUUCCGUUCUGAAUUUAAUGCAGUUCUUGAAAGUAAUGUCUGGGUGAUGGACAUUGUUUAGACUCUCACAGCAAUGCGCUACAUUUGAACUGCUCAUUCACACUAGAGCAUAACUGUAAAGAGAUGUUAGGAAUAUGUAUUUUUAUGUAUUUUGAACUUAUACAGUAUACUUUUUUUAAUUAGAGAGAAGUUUCCCAUCUCUGUUAGAAGUCCAGUUUUGGCUAAUAUUUCAGUUUCUUUUAUCAUUUUGAGUUUUACAUGAUACAGUCACAAAACAAAACAAACAGGUACACUGUUUACUACCAUAUCCAGAGCUGUCUUCACCAAAUCCAAGCUUUACAGCUGUAAUACAGAAACCUUCAGCAAAAGCAUGAAGAAAGAAUACUAAAGAUCUAUAAACUAUAAUUAAACUGCUCUUAAACUUUCUUUAAUGCACCAUGUGUGGUGUGAGAAUUCAGCACAGUCAAAUACUUUUUUAAGUAAUUAGUAGUAAGACUAAUUCAUUCAGAUGGUAUUUUCUUAUUAGGUCAGGGCUAAAACUGAACAUAGUUAUAAUGUAAAAGUAAUGCUGUUAUUCAACACUGUAUUGUAAAAGGAAUAUGUACAAUUUUAUACUUUUGCAUUUGCAUUUGUCAUGUCUGAAAAUAUUUUGCUUUACAGUAUAUGCAAUUUUUAGUUAAGGUAGGUUAAGGUAUCAAAGUUUGGCAUUUGUUGUUGAUUACAAAGGUUCUAUUUAAAGUUGGUGAAAAUAUUUUUUAAAAUUCCAGUAUUUUCUUAUUGUCAUAUUGUUUCUAAGCAUACCUGUUAUUCAUCCAUCAAACUGAUUCAAGCUGCUUAAAGGAUUCAGUCUGUUUUGAAGACAGUUAUUGAUUACUAAGAUCAUAAAUAAACACUGUACAGUUCAGUGCAGUGGUCAAGUGCUGUGAUUAUUCAGGCAUCCUUUUGUAAUGCCAAAUUGUCAUGUUCUCAGAUAAAGUAUUAAUCUUAACACCUGAAAAAAUGUCUUUUUACUGCCAGAAAUUAUGCAUUUUUAUUUGUAUGCAUGUAUGUUCUCAACCAUUCACACUUGUUUUUAUGUGAUACCACAAUAGCCAGUGUUCAUGAUCUUUACAGUAAGUCACUGAUGUAUACUGAUGCGUAACAAGACUGUAUGAGAUCUAUAAGUUUGUUUUAAAAGUUGAGUCAUUCUUGUUACAGGGCAGCUUAUACGGUUAUGAGUUUUAGCCAUGUUAUUGGCAUUGGCAAGAACAGGUUUCUUGUAAACUUUUUCCAAUAAAAUGUUACUGUACACAGUACAUUUGUAUUGUUGUUUUGAAUAUGUUCAUCAAGCUCCUUAUCUAUUUGAACAUGCCAGAUUUCAAGAGACUGCCACACAUGAGCUCAGUAACAUGGAAGAAUACCAUUUAUUUUUAAUUUCAAACAUUUCAUAAAGAUACACAAAUAUAAAUGUAAAACAUGUUGCACUUAAUGGGACAAUAACUUGGUUCCACUUGCAGGAACUGUUUUGUUGCAUUGUUGCAGGGCAGGGAUACUACAAAUAUAAGUCAAAAUAUUUUUGGUAUGUUUCUUAUAAUUUUAGGAUUCAUAUCAUAAAGGAGCCUUGUAUACGACA